AGUGACUGGUGGAUUAGGAGAGCACUCAUGGACUCAAAGGGAACUAGUUGGCUGAAAAAAGAGAAGAAUGAAGUAUAUGCUGAACCAGGCUCCUUGAUUCAGUUACACACAUCCACCAUGAAAGUAAAAGAAGAAUUGGAUGAGCAAGUGAACCAACAGUUUCUUCAAGAUUCACCAAGGAUUGUAAUGCCUAGUCUUCGUAUAAAGCAAGACCUAGAACUGAAACGGGAUUUAGAUGGCAUUGAGCAUGAUGCGACCGACAUUGGACUGAGGAUGGCAGUAUUUCCAAAAUGCAGUGCAACUGUGGCUGUGAUCUGCUAUGUGCUGCAGACAAGUACAUAUCAGCCUUGCUGGUACCCUUUUUAAUUUCCGAAUCACAGUAGGCUGUUUUAUGACGAAAAAAGAAAAAUUAUGGAAAAGCUUAGUGUAGAGUAAUUCAUUUCCGGCAGCAGCAGGAACGGUUGAGCUGUGUCCAGCUUAUCUUGAUGACAGCUGUGUGGAUUGGCUCCCUU